UGCCAGUCAGACCCGGAGCCUAUACUAGACCUGUCGGGCUGUGAGUUGAAUGCCAUUAGCGUUGAAAUGCAGACAACGAUUAAAAUCUACGCCAAAACUGACUGCCGUUUUGACGAGAAUCGCGUCCAAGACUUUGCCGUCGAUUCUGUGCAACACAUGAGCCGUGUCUGCGCUCUACACCUGUCCUACAAUCGGAUCCAUACCAUCGGUCACCACAUCUCACAACUCGUUCAUCUCAAAGAGCUGUACUUAAGCCACAACCAGUUGUCAUCGUUGCCGGACUCUAUGGGCCGACUGCCGGCGCUUAAGAUACUGGCCAUUCGUGACAAUCAAUUCACGGCAUUCCCCGAUGCGAUCACCCGGUGUCCGGCCCUCACGUGCCUCGAUAUGGCCGACAAUCUGGUGACCGCUCUUCCGGCCUCUCUAUUGAGACUACGGCUCCUGAAGUCACUUCAAUUGGAGGGCAAUCCCAUUGAGUCGCCGGCGCCCGAUGUCUGCCGCCAGGGUUUGGACGCCAUUGUCGACCAUUUGCAACGAAUGUAUGGCAACGAAGAUUGUGGUAACGGUUGUGAUAAUAACGGAUCAGAUGGCGAUGAAUGUCGAGGACUAGUGUCGGACAGUGGCGAUGAAAAGGAUCCGAUUUUGGACCAAAAAAAGAGAGCACUAAUUGAAUGGGAGCUACAGUUCCAGUCGUCGGCCAAUAGCGAGGCCAACAGCACCGCCGGUGACCACAAGAAACGGCAACUGUUGGCCCAGAUAUGGGACUCCGAGCGCCAGAUGUCGGCCGAUAUCAACAGUCGUCAGCGCCAGAAGGAUAGGGAGAGACAGACACUACUCGACAAUAUAUCCCAAUUGGACAGACAUUCAGCGCAACUGUUGGACAGUAUCUAUAACUGGGAUGAGAGGCACCGAAACCAAGUGGAAGCGCUCGAGUCGGCUGAACGUCAGCUCUUACAGCGUAUGCUUCGGUACGACAAAGAAGUGGUGCUCCGGAAAAAUGCGAUACUCAUUGCGAUGCACGAGAUGUUGACGCGAGAGUCCACUCAAAGGGCUCUCACCGAUGAUCUCAAAGAGUUUAAUCAAUUGGAGAUUCGCGUCAAAAUCAAUCAACAGGAACGCUUACAACGACAGGCAUUCGAGGCCUUACAGCGCACGCGAGACUACCGGAGCCGUCAACUGACGGGACAGAUAGGGCUCAUUGAGUGGGAGUUAACGCAAUUGACGAGCGCUGAGAUGCAGCGCCGCGACGAGCGUAUGGACACAAUUAUUGCUGACAUUAUCGGCAAACGACGAGAGUUGGCCCAACUGUUGACCAAACUGUUGGCUGAGAAGAGACAACGAGACCAACAGUUGCGACAACAGGUGCUGGAGAUGGAGCGCCGGCGGCUGGAAGUGGGCGCCGCCGACGACACCGACUAUUGGCUCAUACAAUACCAGUGCCUUAUGGAGAGGCAGCCAAUGGAGGCACAGAUCCGGCAGUUGGGUAUCGACGAGCGUAUCGGUCGAGCGCUGAUUGCCGUCCACUCGGAGUGCGACCGAAUGGCCAACUAUUUGACACUCUUUACGGAUUUGACGUACGAUAGGCUCAACUCAAUGGGCGAUAAGCAGAUACUAGGGCUGGGCGUCGAUGACUACCACUUGUGUCAACUGAUUCGCGAUAAGUUGGAUGAACAACAGGUGGCGACCGUCGCCACCGCCAGUGGUGGCCAUACGAGUGCUUUGAUGGCGACGUCGGCUACGGUCCAGCCCUCGGCACCCGAUCUGACGCAACCACUGUCUCUGCCAUCGGCUCCUGAGGUGACGAAUGCCGAUCCAUUCGCGGGUGACGUCGAUCUGAUCCAACUCUCGGGACAGUUGUCUGACGUCCGGCUCUGGAGGGAAGCCGAGUGUGUCGUGUGUUUCGAGAAAAUU